AUGGGGUUCCCGUCGGUGUGCUACUGCGUGAUCCUGCCGCAGCCGCUGAUCCUGGUGCUGCAGCUGCUGGACUUCCUCCGGCACGCCGUGCUGCUCUGCCUCUCGUCGCUGGGCCUCGCGGCGCCGCCGGCCACCGACGACCACCCGGCCUACGCGGCCCCGCCGCCGGCCGACCUCUGGGCGCUGCAGCCGUCGUCGUCGGCGUCGUCCCUGCUGCUGCAGGCGGCGGCCGUGGCGGCGCCGCCCCAUCUGGUGGCGCCGCCCACGCCGGCCGCCAUCAAGGCCCGCCUCCCCGCCGUCCGGUACGCCGACCUCCUCAGGUCCCGCCGCGCCGCGUCCCCGUCCCCGGCCCCGGCCGUCUGUGCGGUGUGCCUGGGCGCGCUCGAGGCGCGGCACCGCGUCCGCGAGCUCGGCAACUGCGCGCACGCCUUCCACAAGGCCUGCAUCGACAAGUGGGUCGACAAGGGCCAGGCCACCUGCCCGCUCUGCCGCGCCCUCCUCCUCCCGGACCCCAGCAGCGCCGGCGACGGCGAGCUCGCCUCCUCCCCCUUCUCCUUCUGA